AUGAGCGCCACUCCCACGAACGAGGACCAAACCGCAGAGCCCGCCGCCGCCGCCGCCGCCGCCGCCGCCGACACCUGCGUGAUCUGCCUAGACGCCAUCAGCGAGCGAGCCGUCGCCUCGCCCUGCCAGCACGACGCAUUCGACUAUCUGUGCCUGCUCAACUGGCUCGAAGUACGGCAAUCAUGUCCGCUCUGCAACGCGAGCGUGUCGGCGCUCGACGUGAUCAAUAAGACGCUCGGGAGAGUCGUGAGGCACCCCAUCCACCCCCCCACCCCCUCCUCACCGCACCCCCACCGCCGUCAGCGCCGCGCCCGCACGCCCCCCACCCCAUCCACCGACUUCACCGCCACCGCCAUCCGCCGGCGGCGUCACAUCUACCAGCACCACCUCCUCAGCCGCCACAUCGGCAGCAACGCACACACACGCUUCCGCUCGCCAACGCCACAGCACUUCCAACGCUCCCCCGCGCUCGUGUCGCGCGCGCGGACGUUCCUGCGGCGCGAGCUGCAGGUGUUCCCGUGGCUGGACGGCGACCGCGAGUAUGUGCUCGAGUACGUGACGGCGAUCCUCAAGUGCAUUGACCUGCGGGGCGCGGAGGGCGCGGCCGAGGAGAUGAUUGCGGAUUUCGUGGGCAGGGGGAAUGCGCAGGUGCUGGUGCAUGAGCUGUAUGCGUGGGUGAGGAGCCCGUUUGAGAGGCUGGUGCAGUUUGAUUCGUUUGUGCAGUAUAGCGAGGUGGAAGAGGGGGCGGGUGAUGGUGGGGGGAGGAAGGAGGAGAGGGGGCGUGGGGAUGGGGAGUGGGGGAGAGGGGGCGUGGGGAUAGUUAUAGACCGAGCUAUUCGGGGCUUGUGGAGUAGAUAG